UAUACGUGCACUGCGUGAGUGUUUAUGAGUGAAUUUACACAGCCGUUUGUCGGACUGAGACCUCCGGUGGAUGGUGGCGGUUGUUAGUGUUGGUGCUAGCUGGGGCACCUGUAGCCUGCCUGGGGGAGUCAACUUCCAGUCAUUUAAGCCUGCAUUUACCGCGACUGGAAACGGACGGAGAGAGAGGACGGAUCAGCCAGGAGUGGAAAGGAGGGGGAGAGUCAAGGCUGUGUCUCUUUUCGCUUUAAAUGUCUCUCUUUCGCUUUCUCUAGUUAACGCAGCCCGUAAAUGCACUACACCGUGUAGUCGAUAUGUUACGUCAGGCCUGAAGCUCGCGUUCACAUUUCAUUAGUCUGUUAGUUGUUUGGUCUGUAUGUGUGUAUGUGGUGUUAAUGUCGUGGAUGACCCAUUUGUAUCCUGGCGUGACAUUUUUUGCAGGGCAUUCCCAUAAAGAGCAAGUAUAAAAGAAAGAAUGUAAAAAAUGCAUCCGUGGUAGGAGGGUGACAGUUAAAAGGACGGGCGUGGUCACAUUACACGUGGUGUGUACUGAGUUGCCCAUAGGUGUGUCUGAGUCCAGGUAAGCUGUACUUAAGCUUUGCUGGGAUUUGAUAAACGGGUUUGUAUGUUACAGGUGUGGCUUCCUGUGAAUAGAUUGUGAUCACACUUUAUUUAGAGAGUCCAUUUCAGAUUAUCUACAGAAGAUCGUGAAUCGUAAACCAGUGAAAGUCAUCUGAUCAUCAGCAGUGCUAGGGUUAGGUUUAGGAUUAAGUUUUUGGUUGAAAUGAAGGUAAGGAUUAGGGUUAGAAGUAAUAGAAUCUAUUACAGUUGACUCAAAAGUAGAGUUGCGCUGAAUAGAUAUAAGACAAAACAUCUAGAAUGGACUCUCAGAAUAAAGUGUAGCAUUACAUAUAGAUCUGGUCUGCAGUAACUGGCUUAUUUUCCUAACUGAGCAUUGUAUAGCAUGCAUAAUUUGAAACGCACACACACACAUGCCUGUGUGAGGGAGGUUUUCAGCAGUCUGUCACUGGCUGGAAUGAAUGAGGCAUCCGGCGGUACAGUGGAGGCACUCUUCUGUUUUAUGGCCUACAGUGAAUUGUGAGCAUGUGAUGUGUAUAUUUAGAGAAAAAAGAAAAUCUCGCUCCUUCUCUCUUCCUGAGGGAUUUGGGAGAGAAAGAGGAAGAGAGGCAGCCGGAACGAGGAGGGGAGGAGAUAAAGGAGAACAAGAAAAACCGGUGAGCAGCUGUGAGAGCCAGAGUGCUUAUGUGUCUGAAAGAAGGAGGAGAUUCCAAUCCUGUCAGCCUAACCCAUGAGACCUGCUGGGAGGACAGAAGGACACAGACGGACAGCCAGACAUGAAGCAAAACAGUAAGAGAAACGCUGGAAUUGAAGACCACUGGAAGCAUUUUAAGGAAGGAGGGAAGAGGGACAAAGAGAUCAGUAUCUGAGAUAAAGCAACAUGAUGAGCCAAAAUCCUAACAAAAGCAGAACCAAAAUGCACCUGUAACCAGGAACCAUCUGAGGACACUCUCGGAUCCUUCACAACCAGGAAAAAUCAACCUUUUCAGUUCAGCACAACUCCUCAGCACUGUAUGAUUCUCUAUGCAAAAAGACUGAACCAAUGGAUGGUUGGAUGAUUCCAAAAUGAACUCUUAACUCUUAGCAGUAUCAAUUGUGCUGCUCUUCUUGUAGCAUGGAGCAAGGUCCAUCAUUCGCGAGGGCCAUCAUCACUCCAUACCUCCGGUCCAGAUGAGGGGCUCCAGCCCCAGCUUGCUGCGGGGCCGGCGGUUCCACUGUCGGGAAUGGGCCCUGGAGAAGCUGAAGAGAUGCCUGGAGGCGAGGGACGCCACCAAAGGGGCGCAGGACUCGACCCACUGCCCGCCCGGGGUUCUAGUGACUGGGGGUCAAGGCAUGGGUAAGACGGCCCUCUGCACAGAGCUGGUGUGGCCUCAGUCAGAAGCGGGCAGAGCGGCAGGACUGGCAUCACGGUGCCUGGCCUGGCACUACUGUCAGCAGGAGGAUGCAGGCAGUGCAGAGGUUUGGAGGUUUGUUCUCGGGCUUGUGGAGCAGCUACGGGACAGUCCACUGCUAGCACCCAGCUACAGCCACAUGUUAGCCAGCCCCUCUGUCGCUGCCAGCCUGGAGCCAAUUCACUGCCAACGAGACCCCGAUGACACUUUUAAAAGAGCGGUCCUCGAGCCCCUGCUCUCCUUACCCUCUCCAGCUCAGAGCGUGUACAUAGUGGUGGACUCUCUGGAUGCUGGUUACAGUGGAUAUGUUGGGGCUGGUGAGGGGCUGACAACUGGGGCCAUGGCCAUUCAGAGUACUUCAAUAGCAGAUCUUCUCCUCAGGCACCUCCAGCUUUUCCCUCCCUGGAUUCUCCUGGUCUGCUCUGCACGCAGACAGAACAAAGCUGUCUGCAAGAUGUUCUCAGGGUUUCGGAAGCUGUGUAUAGAUGACUUGAGGAAACCUGCGGCAGUGCGGGAUGUUCAGCAUUACAUUCUGCGGAGGCUGGAUCAAGAGGGAGCACUGCGCCGGCAGCUCACGCCAGAGACAGCUGACAUGCUUAACCUGCUGCACAUUAAGAGUGGCGGCUGCUUCCUUUUCCUGGAGCGAGUGCUAGAUGGUGUAGCAUGUGGUCUGGUAGGACUGAGAGAGAUCCGGGACAUUCCAGGCACAUUGAAUGGUCUGUACCUGUGGCUUUGUCAGCGGCUCUUUCCCCGCAGGCUGUUUGUCCAUGUUAGACCAUUGCUCAACAUUAUGCUGGCCUCCCCACGACCUCUCACUCCUGAGAAGCUCUACAGUGCUGCACGUACCAGGGACAACUGUCUAGAACGUGAGGACUUCCACUCACUAAUGCGUGCUUUGGCACCACUGAUUGUGGAUGGGCCUGAGGACAGUAAACUCCUAUUCCAUGGCAGCUUUGCAGAGUGGUUAACCGACGUGAAGUAUUGCACACAGAAAUUUCUGUGCAGCGUGAAGGAUGGUCACCUUUCACUUGCCAUGUACCUGUCACUGAGAUCCCAAAGCCUUGGCACAGAGGAGGUAUGCCAGCUGGGCCACCAUCUCCUCAGCAGCGGAAUCCAUACUGGGGAGACAUCUCUUCUUGCUUUGUGGAUGAUAUGGAAUGGUGUUCCCACUCUCAGAACUGGUUCUACUGACAUCUCUCAGACCCUGAACACCCCAGUGUUGGUCCAACAGGAUGUGCUGCAGCUUUUGAUGAAGAGUGGAGUGUAUCCUCCCACCUGUUCUCCAGACAAUUGUGCUAGUGUAGGUGUGCAGUGUGUGGGUGGAGGAAGAGGAAUAGUACGGCGGGCACUGCAGAGGGAAGACUCUGUGCGAGCACUUUUGGACAGUGGGGUCAGCGUGAACCGCACAGACCCAUCAGAUGGACGGACACUGCUGUCUACUGCGGCUCAUGCAGGGCUUGUGGAUGUCACUGCACUGCUGCUGUGUCGUGGGGCAGACCCUUCUCUCAGCGACCACCACGGUCAGACAGCCCUAACCCUUGCUGCCAGGCAGGGCCACAUUAGUGUGCUGCAAAUUCUGCUGGAGUGGGCUCAGGAACAGGGGUGUGACACUCCAGCUGUUCGAGCCCUGCUGGAGCAUGUUGAUAGUGAAGGAUGGACUGCCCUGCGUUCAGCCGCGUGGGGUGGCCAUAAAGAAGCUGUAAAGAUGCUUCUUGAGGCACGAGCAGAAGUGGAUGGUUGUGAUCCAGAUGGUCGCACAGCUUUGCGAGCUGCUGCUUGGGGGGGUCACGAGGAGGUCCUGAUGACCCUCCUAAACCAUGGUGCUAAAGUGGAUCGCAUGGACCACGAGGGGCGCACUCCACUCAUUGCUGCUGCCUACAUGGGCCAUAAAGAAGCAGUAGAGAUCCUGCUGAAUGCAGGUGCAGAAGUGGACCUGGCAGAUGGGGAUGGGCGCACUGCUCUCUCAGUGGCUGCUCUGUGUGUGCCAUCAGCAACAGGAGGGAGAGGACAUGGAGAGGUCGUAAGUCUGCUGCUGGAAAGGGGUGCUGAUCCAGAGCAUAAGGACAGAGAUGGGGUGACACCUUUACUGUUGGCCUCCUAUGAGGGCCAUGAGGAAGUAGUAGAGCUCCUCCUAGAAGCUGGGGCAGAUGUCGACGAGAGUGCUGGAGUCUACCCUUCUGCAGUAACACCCCUCCUUGCAGCAGCAGCCAUGGGGCAUGCAGGCACAGUGAAUCGCUUGCUAUUCUGGGGGGCAGCGGUAGAUGGCAUUGAUGGGGAAGGUCGCACAGCGCUUUGCUUGGCUGCAGCUAAGGGCAGUGUUGAGGUUGUGAGAGCUCUGCUGGACCGAGGGCUAGACGAGAAUCACAAAGAUGAUCUAGGCUGGACGCCACUGCAUGCAGCUGCCUGUGAGGGCCACAAGAGUGUCUGUGCUGUGCUAACCGAGCAAGGCAGCAUGGCAAGGGUGAGUGAGUUGGACGUGGAAGGCCGGACUGCGCUCAUUCUAGCAGCACAGGAGGGCCACUGCAGUACAGUAAGGCUCCUGCUAGACCGCAAAUCACCUAUUGAUCAUCGAGGGUAUGAUGGACACUCUGCUCUCAGUGCUGCUGCAUUGCAGGGGCAUACCGAAGUGGUAGAGCUGUUGCUUAGAAGGGGAGCUGACACUGAUGUCCGAGAUGCAGAGGGAAGACCUCUUCUUUAUCUGCUAGUUCUAGAAGGUCGCUUGGAUAUUGCUACUCUGCUCAUAGAGAAAGGGGGUGUCCCGCUGGAAUCAAGAGAUGUUGAUGGGCGAACAGCACUGCAUGUAGCAGCUUGGCAAGGUGACCUUGAAGGUAUCAGCCUUUUGCUGAGACAUGGUGCAGAUCCAAAUGCACUAGACUCCGAGGGUCGACCUCCACUGCACUCUGUGGCAUGGAGGGGUCACACAACUGCAGGGAGACUGCUCCUCAGAGCCAGGGAGGUUAAUGUUGAUCUAGCCUGCAAAAAGCAAGGUGCCACAGCACUUAGCAUCGCCUCUCAGGAGGGACAUGCUGAAAUUGUGGCCAUGCUUCUGGAAAAAGGUGCAGAUCCAGACCAUGUGGAUCAUUAUGGCCGUAGCCCAGUAAAAGUUGCAGGAAAGCGAGGUCUUUUCAACAUCGUGCGUCUCCUGGAGAGCUAUGGUGCAAAGCCAUUCCCUGGACUCAUACCACCCUCACCAUGUGGGACUCCAGGCUCCUCCUCUCAUUCAUCCACAGUCAAGACUCAGACCUCUGUCUCUUCUGGAGAGGUGUGUGCCAAUGGAGCCCCAACCACUUCUUCCACCUCAUCAGCUUCUUUGUCAGCCUCUUGUUCCCCAGCCUCCACAGCUGAGAGAUUCCACUCAACGCCUGGCUCUCAGACUUCCUCCUCCACAUGCCACUCUCUGGCUACUGUGCAGACUGUCCCUGCCGACACCCUGAGCUUUACUCAGCAGAUCCAGCAACACUCCCUUCCCCGUUGCCGCAGCAGGCCAUCCACCCUGCCUCUGCCAGGCUCAAAUGCUGCCAGCCUUCAGGGAAGUGCUGCCAGGAACAAGCAGAAGCUUGUCACCAAAAUGAACCCUACUCAUGCACAGUGCACCUUUCUUGGACUACAGGAAUCAGAUAUGUCCCUUAAAGGGCUUGGGUCUCCAGAAGCUGGUGACUACCUCUUGAAAUCCAAAACCCCUCAGUUUAUUGAGGAUGAGUUUGUAAAGAGCCCUCAGCAAGUUGGAAGUGGAGUAGACAAAUGGAACUCAGUAAUGGUGUCCUUGGGGUUGACGCCAAAUCAAGAGGGGGCCAUUAGACAGCCAAAAAGUAGAGAAACUCCACCUUUAGGGUAUCCUCCUCUUCAUCUCCAGUCCCAUUCACAAAGAGAUAACUGGACAGGCCUUCAAAAAACACCCCUUUCCUCAGCUUUUGACCACUCAGCCAUGUCCCCACAUAGUGCCUUACUCGAAGAGUCUGUGUUCAACAUCACAACCACAGACCCCCAGCUCAACCUUAAACAGGCAAUCAAAUUGCAGUUUGAGGGACCAACCAGUGCAGCACUUUACAAGAGAGAAACACCACUCUAAGGCAACCCUUGGUGAUUUGGAGCUCAAGGAGGGGAGGGUGGUGUGGAUAAUUGCAGCGUGUGAAUCACUCAGGGUGGAGGGAAAUGGUAGCUGAGAUGCCACCACACUCUGACCUCUGACCUCCUGCAAGACCAGCGAAGCAGAAGGAACAAAGAGGAACCAAAGGACUUCAAAGGAGUAAUGCUGUGUACAUUCCGGACAUUUUCUUUUACAUCCCGUCAACAUGGGGAACAGUUGUCUCCUUCUCUCUCUCACAUACAUAUACACACGAUCACAGGAAAAUAUUCUUACACAGGAACACACAGGUGGAUUGCAGUGGUAUACAGGAAAAUGUUAUAAAGCAUAGGUAAUUAUGGAACACAAUAAAAAGGACUAUAAUAAGUAGUAAAGGAGUUUGCAAGCACACAUGCAACAGGGAGUCUUACAGGGGUUGUCAAAAUUCUUGUUUCAGCUGGCACACACACACAGUGUGUUUGAUGAAACUUUUGAGAUGUUUUUCUAGUUUUGGAGGAAAUUGACAGGCACAGAGAGAGAGAGGAGACAAUGUAUGUGACAGUAAUGCUGUUUCUUCUAAUCUUGGACCACUCGUUCAUUUACCCUCUCUGGAAUGCACCCCGGCAUUGUGGUGCCCAGAGCCGGAAGGACUGCUGCCAAAAAGGGCUCAUGCAUCAACACAUCACCAAAAACAUAGCAUUCUUAACUGUCCCUCAGAGGAUUUUGUACUCCUUUUAGCAAUUGUUUUGGUCAUCAGUGAUGACUAUUUUUAAGAAUAUAUGUUGGCUUUUUUCUCUUUUGUUUUGACUUUGCCAACAUUGAUGUUUCCAUGCUGUAUUGUUCAUCAGCGUGUAUUUAUAUGUUUUCAAUUAUUUACUCAUUGUGAUUCAUGUUCUCUCUCCCCUAAACACUGACUCAGCACACCUGUCAGCUAAUUACACUGCAAUACUAAAAACAGAGGCUUUAUUACAUGGAUGAAAAAAGACAUAAUGUAAUGAGGAAGAGAGACUGUAGUUAGAGAACAAGAAAAAAGGCAACAAAGACAUCAGAUAGGUCUUGACAUUUAAAUAGUACAUUUGAAGGAUAAUGGCCAGGGUCAUAAAUACUUGAGAGAGCCAUAACAAAAAAAAGGAUUCUAAAUUCUGCCAGAUGUAAUUUACAUUGUUUAUAAUGUUUUGUCUGUCACAGUUUAAUGGGAUUUCUUUAAUUAAAAUACAUUUUUUACUCUAA